AUGAUAAUAUUAUCCUGUUUUAUUACGUUGCUGGAUUUUUUUUUUUUAUCUUAAACUGUUUAGAAGGCUUGAAUCGAGGAAACUUUAAUACAGAUCCCUACAGGUACCUGACUGGUAGACAUAUGAUAAGAGGAUACUAAUGGGGGAUAUAGACUGCGGCAGCUGCGAUUGUGGAAGCUGUGAUUGCGGGGAUUGUGGUGACUGCGGCGAUUGCAGCAAUUGUGAUUGUGGUGACUGUGAAUGUGGCGACUGCUGUGGCAUCUGUGGGGACAAUGGUGAUUGUCAUUGUUGUGGUGAUAAUGAUCAUUCCGGUCACUGUUGUCCGUGUUUAUUUGGUUGCACACACUGUUGUUCCUGUGACUGUUGCGCGGAUUCUGACCACACUGACGGAGGGCACUACUGCGCCACUCAUUGGUGGCUCUGCUUCGCUUCUGAGUCAUGUGACUGCUGCUAUAAAGAUCGGAGACGUCAAGGUCCUGAAGUUUACACUGUUAACGGUGGGGGACUUCCGGUGACAAAUGGCGCACCUGCAAUAAUCUCAUCUAGAGAUAUUACUCAGCCAGCAGUUAUAACGCAGCCACCAUCUUAUGAAGAAGCUGUUUCCGGUAGUCAAGCUGUGACGUCACAGCCUACGUAAUGCUCAUAAGAUAUAAUAAUGUUUUGUAGCCCUUCUUGUAGAGAUUGCACAUUUGGAAAAAAAAUGUUUGUUAUAUGUAAUAUUGUACAAGCAAUACUGUACUUGUAUUUCAAUACCCAGAAAUGUGUGACUUUUUUUCCGGGUACCACAUUGAUUUAUUAUGUGAGGAUUAAUAAAUUACAUGCUUGCAUAUUUGUUCCGAAAAAGAUUUGAAUAUUGUAUCUAUAAUGAAAAAAUUUUAAGACAUUAAUUUUGAUAUGUACUAUGCAUCUAUCUUGCCAUUUGUACGAAAAUACAACAUCCUGUGUACUGCUUUAACUUUUUAGCUUUUACUUUUGACAUGUAUCAAGAAUGUUUUUAAAUGUAACAAAAAUAAAAUAAAAUUGUUGAUUUUGUAUGAAUAUCAAAUAAUUACAGAAAAUUGAAAUUGUUACAAUGUCAAGUAUGAGAAUGUAUUGCUCUUCCUAUAAGUAAAUAGGUCUUUAAUGGACCUAGAAGAGGUCUCAUUCGUCCUGUUCCCUUCGAUACAACAGGUUAUUAUAAGAAUUAAAUGUUAAUGUAGAAAGGGUAGAUCAUCGACGCGUCAUCUUAAUUCAUUUUAUUCAUUGUUUUUAUAUGUCUUCUUCAUGUCAAUCACUCUGUAAAAAAAAAAAUUGAGUUUGCUAUUUCUAUAUUCUUUAACGCAUGUCAUUGCUAAGAUAAUGAAGAGGGUUUGAGAAAAGCCACUCAAUCCAUUAGAAUUCUGUUUAGUUUGAUAAUGCAAGAAAGAUUGUUUGACUUUCUUAGAAUAAUUUUCUUCCAUAUCAUUUGAAUUUUAUUCCACUCCAAAAAAAAUUAUUUCGUUUCUGAAGUUUGUCUUCUUUUUUUUUUUUUUUUAAUAAACUGUAUCUAGAUA